CAGUGGCGCCUAGUUUUGACGUCUGAUUUUCCCCGCCUCACGAAAUUCCGUCAGUUUUCUCCAAUCCUGAGGGAAAAUGCCUGAGAAUGGCGACCAGAUGGACGUGAAACAGCUUCUAGCACACAGCGGAGACGCUUCCAGUCUUUCUGAGGCGGAACUGGGACGGUUGAAGAAGCAGUAUGAGAAACUGCGGCGGGAGUGGGCCAGGAAACGCAGAAAAUUGGAGAAGCUGGAUCGAGCUGCUCAAGCCAAACAGCAUGUCAGGCAAAGACUGCAGGAACAGUCCUCAGAGACAGGGGGCGCUUCUCACACAGCAUCUCCCUUACAACAACGGGACUGUGACAGAGAUGGGGACCAUAAGAAGGUGUCUGUUUGCGAAAGUAGAGGUGAUCCACCAUCCAGACAUGACCACUCUGUUGUGGAUUUCCAGAGUAGGAAGACUGUUUCCUUUUCCUUGGAUGUUGUUUCUACAGGUCAAAGCCUUCAGCAAGAAAGUUGCACUGUCCUUGCAACUGAGGAUGGUGCAGUGGAAAAUACUCUACCAGCACCCCCUAAAACAGGUAGUCUUUGUUCUGAAGAAAAUAACAAACAAAGCUCAAACCUCACCAAUGACAAGGGUGGUUGUGAUGACUACGAUAAGCACAAGCAAAAUGUCACAAAUCUUGAAGAAAGUUCUGAAUGUGAGACUCUUGGCUUGGGGAAGACUUUGUCAUGCCCAAAAGAAGCCCCUUGUGAACAAGAUCUUGAUGAGCAAAGACAGAAAGAGCUAAACAUACUGCAUUUAGGCAACACUGAGCAGAGUAAUUCACCAGACAGCAGGAACAAGAAGCCAUUGUUUAAAGGCUCAUCAAAACAAGUGAUACAGGGUGAGAACUUAGAGCAAGUUUCAGGGAUUUGUGCAUCAAGGAGGGACAUUUCAGAUCAGAUUCCAGGGCCACAACCUGGGCUCAACAAUGACGUUUCAGAUGUCUCUGCAGAGUUAUGUUCAGGCCAGGAAAAGCUCCAUACAGAAGAGAACAGUCAGGUUGUGGCUCCGAGCCAGGAAAGUUUGGAUGACAACAUGUGGGUGGACGGCCUGAUGUUUCCUGCAGAGUAUUACGUCCGUACCACCAGGGGGAUGCAGCGCCAGGGCAGGACACCAGAGGGUGUCGCUAGACAGGUGAGGGCUAGGAGACAGAGGAAGCAGAAAAGGAAGUUGGGUACCAACAGUCAAGACACUUCAGAAGGUUCAUGUGGAAGUAAACAGGCUAGGCUCAAUGAGAUGAGAAAUGAUGACACAACGUCUUUAGGUGAGGAGUUGUCUCGUUAUGGAGAUAAGGUAGCAAAGGACAAUGAUGUAUCCUUAAGGGUGGUUGAGGAUCUCAAGACUUUGUCAAAGGCAGACGAGAAGAUGCAAAAGUCGUCACCUGGGUUGUCUAAUGCUUCCUUAUCUAAAAACAUCUCAAGAAGAGACAGAGAAACUUUGCAGUCUUCAGGUGAACAGGUAUACAUAACUUCAGGUGAGAAUCACCUGUCUACAGGUGAACAGGUGCAUGCAACUCCAGGUGAGAAGCACCUGUCUACAGGUAAACAGGUGCUUUCAAUUCCAGGUGAGGGUCAGGUGUCUGCAGAUGCUGAUUCUCAAGACAGUGUCAUUCCAGACACUCAGUACAGCCCACUUGUACAUGCCCAGAAAUGUCUAACUAUUCCCAAAGACUUGCUCAGUGAAGAUGCAGUCCAAGACAAGCUGCAUGUCUUGAGGAAAGGCAGGAAGGCGUUGUCCUCCCAUAACACACCUGUGCAAGGUUCAGGGUUAAGGAGACUGGUGAGGAGGAAGGCGACAAGAUCCUGUCAGAACUCACCUGUGCAGUCUGAUGGAUCCCCAGGUGUUCUAGGAGAAGGAAAUGUGAGCCCACAAGACUGGCCCCAAGGUGUCUUGAGCCAAGGAAGUUUGGAGAAGCAGGUGUUUUUCAGGAGAUCUCAAAGAUUAGCUGACAGAUGCAGCCAAGAAACACAAACCAACGCCUCUCUAAGUACCCCAAAACAAAACCACAAGGUUCUGAAAGAAGCUCAAGUUGUGAAAGUACCAGAAGAAAGUGAGAAGUCUCUUAGUAAAAUUCAAGACAGCAAUUGCAAGACAGAUGCUGAAGUUGACAAAAAGAGACAGAUUUUCCCUGUACUUACUGAUCAGCUGGUUGAAAAACUGAAGAACUCCGAAGUGAUGAGUGAGUUUCAUCUGCCUUACUCUGAUUAUGGGACACUAAAGGUGGCAAAAGCCAGGGAAGCUCCAUCUAAUGAUUUGGGCAGAAACUGCAGGAGUAGGCACUCCAAUGAAACUGAUCCCAAAGAUGUACAAUGUGUGUCCUCAGACAAAGAGGUUCAAGAAAUUGCUCCCUCUAUUCCAAGACUCUCAGAAGCAUUGUCAAGAAGCAACCAGAGUUUCAAUGUAAAACCUAGCCUUUCUCCUGACAUAAGGAAUACUCCCAAGGACAUUUCUAAGACAGAACUUGGUCAAGAAAAGAAGCAAAGUGUGUUCCCCUACCUCUCACCUAUGUUGCACAAGAAGUGCACAAAGGAAGUGUUAGACUUCUCACUUGUUGGUUCUGAGUAUGUAAAACUGAAACUGAACAAAGUUAAGUCCAGUCCACGACCUGCAGCAGCAACAAGCAGCUGUCGUAGUACCUCAGGACAUGGGAGAUACAAUGAGCAAAGCUGCAAAGCAAAGACUAAUCUGCCACCCAGCAGUACUAGGUCUGAACAUUCCUCCAAAGAUAAGGACACGUCAGUCAAGAAAGAUUCUGACCUUGAAGAUGUAGAAAAUAAACAGCAACAGAAAACAUACGAGUUGGCACAGGAAAAUACUUCUACCCGGCUUAGUUUAUUGAGGAACAACAAGAAUGAGGGUACAGACUCUGAAACUCAGGAACCUGAAGAAUCACUUGGCGGGGUGACUGACAAGAGUGGAGAAGAAAGUACAAACACAGCACUAGUUCCUUCUGCUGACCACAAGCAGCCUGUGUCUUCCUUGGAAACUCUGAACGUCAUAGGCUCUGGUGUGGACAUCACAGGUGUAGGAGACAGUGAAAGAAACAUAGUAGAGACAGAACCUGUUAGCAUAAGUGUCACACCUGUACAAGGUCAUAGUGAGGACUCACAAGGGACAGGUGUAGAAGAAACACCUGUACUGAGUGGACACGAGGAGGUCCUAAUGAGGACAGGUGUGGAAGGAACAGGAGAAGAUGUGACCACAACCCUGCCGGAGUUCUCAGCAUGUCUUCAGCUGACAGAUGAAGCAGUUGUUUCCAUGGUGCUGGGUGAAGCCACCCUCCAGGAUGAGACAAUUCCAGUGUUGGCUGUGUGUCAGAAAACACAGCUCACACUUUGGGUACAGCAGGAACAGGACUGGACCCCUGGAGCAUGUUGGGACAUAGACAAGGAGGAGGAGGUCUGUGAUGUUUGCCUGCUGUCAUGUGAGGUCGGAGUUCAGGUCCUGGUUGGAGGAAACUUCCCAUCAGGCCAUCUCAAACUAUUCUACACAGAUGGAGCCUCUUCUUCCUCCAGCCUGGACCACAAUUGGUCAGGAUACCAGGCCCAGGACAGAGACGGUUGCCAUGGAGACAGGAACACAGACUACCAUGCCAUGGCAAAAGUUCUACCAGGGGGUGUUGCCAUAGCAACAGGGAUGUGCCAGGGAGGAUCCAGUGUGUGCAAACUUAGCUUCAGCGGCAGAGAUGGACAUAUGGACGAGCAGACCAGACUAGCGAUGCCAGCUGUCUUGUGGAUCAGCUCACUAUGUCAGGUGGAGGGGUGUGAGGGCUGUCUGCUAGGAACCAGCAAAAACCAAGUCCUUCUAUGGAACCAUACCUCAGGUGUGCUGCUCAGGUGUGUAGAUCUGCCAGGUGUACAGCCCACCUGCCUGUAUGCUGCAGCAGACCAGGGCCUUCUCUUCACACUGCUGAGUAGUACUGCAGAACAGCAGCUCCAGACAGCCUGCUCUCUUGUCUCCAUCAACCCUGGAACUGGCUACAGUCUGUCCCUCCAGAAGUACAGUCUGCCACAGGGGAGCAGUCUGGAGAGGUACGUGUUAGCUGGGAGCCACAGGGAAGCUUAG